UUAAACAUGACACUGUUCAGUCUGACAGCGCUUUAAACUUUAGGAUUAUUUAUUAUUAUUACAUUUACCCCGAUACAAACCUCCCGUCACUUUAACUUUACAUGAGCUCGUGUUUUAUCCGGUGUAAACCCGGUUGAUCUGAGGUUUAUCAGUGUUUCUCUGUUUCUCUGAGGAGUUUUUCUGCUUCAGUCUCUUUUUGUGAUGGACUCAAACCCGGAGAAUCUGUUCAUUAAACCUGGUAACCAGGAGCGCGGCUGGAACGACCCUCCUCAGUUUUCUUAUGGACUCCAGACGUCACGAGGAGCUCACAGGAACCUGCUGACCAAGAGAGCGCCCCCUGCAGGAACCCCGCCCAUGACCCCGCCCACGACCCCGCCCACAUCUGCUCUGACUCCACCCAGAUCUGCAGUAGCUCCGCCUCCUUUCAGUCCAGCUCCUCCUCCCAUUGGCUCCCCUGUGGUCCCGCCUCCUGCCUCUGGUCCAAUCAGAGCUCAGAGUGAUUCUGUCCAAUCAGAGCGCGAGCCCGAAGUGGAGGAAGUGAUGUCAGUGCUGAACGCCGCUCUGGAGGCGUGUCACGGAACCACCAGUGUGCAGGUCUGUGCAGAUGUGGGGAAGAGGCUGCAGCUCCUGGAGACGUCCUGGAGCAGAGGAAGACUGAGCUCCACCGUGAAGAGGAGGAUGAAGAGGCUCACCACAGAUCUCCGGUCCGGUCUGUGGGACUCGGCGGACGAGGCUCACCGCUCUCUGAUGGUGGAUCAUGUGACUGAGGUCAGCCAAUGGAUGGUCGGCGUCAAACGACUCAUCGCAGAAACCAGGAAACUGAGUCCAGACCAGCUACGACCUCUGACCCGAGGACUGGACCGGGACCGGGACCAGGACCCAAACCCGGACCCAGAGCGGUCUGACCCGGACCAGGACCAAACCCAGGACCCGGGUCAGGACUGAGUCUGAAACCUCAGCUCUUUAUGAGACUUUAAAGUGAAAUGGACAAACUGUUAAUGCA